AUGGGAGAAUCGACAACUCAGGUAUCAGGGCGAAAAACACCCGAAUCCUUGGCCGUUUCCAGCUUGACCAUGCCGAACGGCAAGGGAGGGUCUGAGCUUCCUGACGAUCCUCGGGACGAAGGCGCCAUGCCACAAGCUUUACCCGUCGAAGAGCUAGAAACGAUAUCCACUUUCGACACACAGAGGGAUUGA